AUGAGUCAAUUUCUCGGUGCAGGCAAUUCUGGCCUGUUUUCUCUAGAUCACCUGCACACGGAGGAGCCAUUUAUGGUCCACGCGAGGGCACGCAACCUCGAUGAGCUGUCUUGGGGCGGCUCACUUUCCUAUAUGCUAUGUCUCACUCGCGAGUUCCGUCCGGAAAAUCCUCCACAGGUCAAAUGGGUCAAUUGGAGGUGGCCACGAUAUGAGUAUGAAAUAGAGGCACUGAAGGUGAGGGCUUCUUCCCAAUGGGUAGUCCACAAGGGAACUGUUUUGCAGCAGUUCAUUCUUGAAAUCUCGGGUGAACAGCCGAUCCAUUUUGAGUAUCAAUUUCCCAAAGAAAUGUUGAUCCGCGAUCUCGACUAUUUGAACGCCGAUUAUCCCUUCAAUUACGUUGAGGAGGGAUACUCGCGCAUGGAUGGGCCGAACGGGUACGGACACGUAUGCAUCAACACUCUUGACCGGCGAGGUCGAAGAGAAAGCGUCGACGCGGGCAAUGACAGCGCUGAGAAUAAUUUUGGUCCGGACGGUACGGAUGAGAGCCCGAAUUCCACUGCCGAGACUCAACUAUCGGAGCCUGGGCUUGCUCAAGCUUUUACAACGGACGCAAAAAUGGCAGACCCGGUGUCCAAAGAGGUUUCAGAGGCACAAGAGGCAGUUGCACCGGCCGUAGGGGGUCGCAAACUGUCUGAGAAGGCUCGUAAGUCGAGCGGAGGGCGGAGUGCUGUUGCAGCUAUAAUGAAUCCCUUUGUCAACGGCAAUGCUGUCAAGAGCCAAGAUAUUGGAGAUAUAUGGCACAAGCACACUCUUGGAGGUAGCGAAAGCGGCUCAGAUGGGACGGCCAAUCGGACUUUAGAGAUCGUCGUGGCCUACAAAUUAAUACUUCUUCCAGAUGGCGAAGUUGACUGGAGGAAUUUCCUGGUGUCCGAACGAGAGGCUAAUGUCAGUAACAUUCUACGCGAAGAAACGAAUCGGCUCUGGGAGAACGCGAGUAUCUCGUCUUUAUGCUCGCUGGGUCUAUCUUCCACGGAAUCGAACGAGACUGCGAGCCGAAAUCCAGAUCAGGUAGCUGUAAAAGACGAAGGCAUGGGAAAUGUCAAAGCUGAUACGACGGAAACUUCAGGUGACCACACCGAUGCAGAAAUUGAUCAUCAGGAAGCCAACGCAGGGGUCGAUCAAGCAAACAGAGAUGGGCAGUCGCUGAAACGGUCCGACGAGCCUGCAAAUGCGCCCAAAUCGAAAGCGGGAGAUCAGAUUCUAAGCCUGCAGCAUGGCGGCACUUGGAGCACAUUCUUUCAGUUUGUGCGGUUCCGGUGCUGGCCCCUACACUAUUCGAAGAUCGCUCAGCACAGGAGCCAGGCGAUUCUCGCGGCUCGCCACCUGCGCGAAAUAGAGCGCUCUGAGAAUAACAACUCUUGGCAACCGAACGAUUCUGUCACAGACACUCCAUUUCAUGUACUCAAGCUAGUCGAGUACAUGAAUUUCACCAAAGGAUGUGACACCGACGCAAAAGAAGCCGAGGAGCUAGUUCACCGCAUCUUGAGGGAUGUCUGGGUCCCUUGGUUUCACGAACUAGACAAACUGGACAAGCGGGGGAGUUUCGCGUGGCCACACGCCGUUGAUGAAGACGUUAACACGUAUAGGCUCGCAGAUCAUUUUUGGAUUUGGAAAACACUGAAAACGCUGGACGAUUUGGGGGUGUCGAACCAUCAGCCCUCUACAAAAUCUAGAGAAAACGAACGACUCGCCUGGAAAGAUGAAGAGAUUCAGUGGAUGACUUAUCUCAAUAACUCCGAUGCACUGGAGAUCGAUCCUAAUCAGCUCCACGAGAGAUUCGGUAAAAUUGCCAAACGGCUCUCCCCAAGCGAUGCACAGCGUGGGAUACUACAGCGAUUCACGACGGAAAAUGAAAUCUCACGCAAGAGAAUGCUUGCCAUGACUCGCUCGCCAAGAGAAACACGCUUCUUGUUCCACGCUCGCGAUACCGCACUUUUCUACGGCCAAGACUGCAACUUCUUCUUGCCAGGGAGCUCCUUUGAGGAAUUAUGGGCCAACACCAUUGAGGCUCAGAUUCACCACAACGAGAAUCAAGACGCCGGGUGGGACAAUGCGAUACGAUAUGCAUUGGGAAUCGUGGCAGGAUGUCGUGGCUCGACGCUGAACGAGAGGAGUGCCAGAGAUUUGGUGAUGAAAUGCGUCGGAGUCUUGAUCAACAUCAGCGGUCACAAUGGGUUUUUCCCGGGACAGCUGGACGAGGCGACCAAAGAGCCGAAUCUCUUUUAUUCUGGGGAAGAGAGAGACUUCUACUACCAUGCAGAUUUUGAAAUCAACUAUAUCCUCCUCACCCACGCAAGAGACAUCAAUCAAACUUUCGAAGCGACCGGCACGACGCCUUCACAGCGAUUCAAAUCUGCUUCAAUAAAGUCUGCCGGGGAUAGAGAAAACCAGCCUGCCCGCCACUUACAGCCCCAGGGUCUUGAUGUCCCGAAGGAGACCACUGCACAACCAAAAAUCCAGAAUCAGGUAAACGAGUACUCACGUUACCGGUCCAGUCCUAUGGCAAGACAGCUUGAACCUCAUCUCAAUGUUGAUAGCCAACACAAUUUGACUAUGAAAAAGGCCAUCCCGUUCAACACCCUGAUUGAUGCAACCAGCAUCAUUUCCAUUGAGGAGGAGUGGCUCUAUCAUUACCCGCACUUUCUCUCGGGAUCCGGAAUCGACAUUACUGAGCAGAUUAUGCGGCGUAUUGAUGCGUCACAAUCCAGCGGAAAUGACGAACAUGAUAACUCAAUCUCGGCCACCAGCCAGCCUAGUCGUGACGCUGUAGGAGGUGUCAUUGGACAGGAAAUUGAUGGGUACCGCAAAUUGAAGCGAAAAUUUUCCACGCCGAGCGGUCCAAAAUCUUCUGACACAAUGAUAUUCGUUGUUGACACACCGAAACAGAAGCACCUUGGAAAGAGAGAAAAGAAAAGUUUUGAGGAUAUGAAAUGGGUUCAAAUGUACAACAAUCAAGGCCUUCACGCGAGACUUAGUGCUCCACGGACAGCUGAGAAGGCAAAAAAACGCUUUAUAUGGCUUCCCAAGGCCAAUGCGGAAACGGCGCUCCUUUGCUGGGCGGCAAGUCCUGAGCAAGAGAAGGCUGAGAUCUCUCUCUUCUUUGACCGCCAUUCGAAAUAUGAGAAGCAUUUCUGGGACGAUACGACAAUGGUGCUCAACACUUGGCAGACCGAGCUUCACCUCAGCUUCUACGUACUGGUUGAUCCCACGACGCCUCGCUACGAAAGCUUGCCUCCUUUGACCGCGGAUCCAUUCCCAGGACGUCCAACAUGGAAAAUACAUCGUGCUUCUAUGGGCUUUCGCUUUGAUGGUGACUUUUUCGAUCGCUACUGGACAUGUCACUUCAUCGAACAUAUUCCUUGCAGGUCCUUCGAGGUCAUAUGGCCUUUCCCUUUUGAUUCUUCUGGCAAGCACGAACACAAGCAGUGGUGGCAACUAAAAGUUCUCGAGCUUUAUUUUUUGGGUGGUAUCUUGCGCGAGAUUUCCCGUGGUGCCGAGGAUAUCCUCUCUGAGGUGAGGCAAGAGCUUGGAGUUGGGGAGAGCACACUCUCGUUGCCUAUCCUCAACAGCGAAGCGUAUUCUUCAUCAAAAGACAACUGGCAUAGGUUCGAACAAAUUCUGCACGCUGUGGAAGAAGACCUCACAUCCAACCUAGACACUCUUCAGAAGUGGACCUCCAGAGAGAAAGAUCGCGGCCAAGAAAAGCCUCGGUGGACGCGCAGCGACGAAAGAAAAUACCGCGGUGCGAUCAACAAGUACCGAGGCUCGACAGAACGGCAGAUCAGAGAUCUGGGAAUCUACCGUGACAAGAUCCGCAAGCUCAAGGACACACUUGCGACGAGUAUGCAGAAGAUCCGCGACGACCGUGAGCUCCACCGAAACGAGAAUAUCAGAUACUUCACGUAUGUGACGGUGAUCUUCCUGCCUCUCGGGUUCGCCGCGAGCUUCUACAGCAUGAACGGUGCGCCGCCGGAUGCUCUGAUGAUUUCCCUCGUUAAGUUUGCGGCGGCUGCCUUCGCUGUGACUGUUGGUCUGCUGGCAAGUGCCAAGACGCUCUUCCUGGCAGUUGAUGUUGUCGUUGUUCCACUACGCCGCUUAAGAGCCCAGGCAGGUCUGGCGAUGGAAAAAUAUUCACGUUCAACUGUGGAAAAGAGUUUGCUUAUGAAGUGGAUGAAGAAUUUGGGAGAAUCUGACGAGGAAGAAGAGAGACAGCCCUCAGAUGGCCAGGCCAAGGCAUCAGAGCAUGCUGACUGGAAUGACGUGGAGCUCGAAUUUUGGUCCCCUUUCAUGUUUUGGGUUGCAUACAUCUUUUAUGAAAUUCCAGCCCGUAGAGUAUUGCUUGCAAUAUCCGAGCUGAGGAGUGGAGGCUUUUCACCGCAAGUGGUUGGAAACGUGCUGCUUGGCUUCGAUCUGGCGAGGCUUAUCAGGGAUGUCGGGAACCUCUUCCCACACAGCCCUACCAAGUCGAAGCCAGGGAACAAGGAAGAUGACGCUGCCGUGUUGUUUCGGCAUUUUAAGAGAAUUACGGACGAGCCGAGGACGUCGAGGCCCUUGAAAUUGCUACAGGAGACAAUAGCACGGAAGCGAAAAUCCCCCGAAAAUGGACAGAAGCCUGAGAAUGGACCACGAGCAGAGAGCAAGAGAGAAAGCAUCGUUGAGACGAGUGAGAAGAUCACCGCGUAA